AUGGAACGACUCAAGCCACCAGCAGAAAUGUCGUUUUGCGACCGCAACCUCGCUGAAACGUGGCGCAAGUGGGAACAGCAAUUUCGUUUCUACUUCCAGGCGUCUGAGUUAGACAAAAAGCCACCCGCCACGCAGACGGCCAUACUUCUUCAUGUGGCUGGGCCUGAAGCCCAAGAGAUCUACCAGACGUUCGUUUUCCCGCCACAGGAAGCAGAGCAACCUGAUCCCAGACAGGAUGUCAACGCUGUACUCCAGCAAUUCAAGACAUAUUGCAACCCCAGACGCAACACUGUAUACGAGAGACACAGAUUCUGGUCGAGAGACCAGUUAGAAGGUGAGGCAGUAGAUCAAUGGGUUACCGAGUUGAAAGUAAAAGCGGCGUUGUGCGAAUUCAGUGACCAACGCGAUCUUCUAAUACGCGAUAAGAUCGUGUUUGGCAUCCGCGACGAACGCGUGAAAGAGAGAUUAUUACGAGAAUCAGACCUUACUUUGCAGAAAGCGUUGGAUAUAUGCAGAGCAGCAGAAGCAACAAAAGAGCAGGAGCAAGCUAUGAACAAAGAGGCGAUGAAAGUACCCAUAGGCGCCGUUCGAGGUACACAGAAGCAGCGACGCAACGAGCCAGACACUAUGCCCAAUCUGAGCUCGAGGAUUCACGAUAGUGGCAGGUCAUCCAAGACCAGGCAAGCGGCAUGCAAGUAUUGCGGAGGCGUCCACCCACCUCGGCAGUGCCCCGCCUACGGAAAGACGUGUUCAGCGUGUCACAAGAGAAACCAUCUGGCCAAAGUCUGUCGACAAUCGGCCAGGCAAAUUAGGCAGGUUGAAUUCCAGGUCGAGGAUGCAGAUGAAGCAGGCAGCGACGAGAAUGAAGAGCUACUGAUGUCACCUAUAUUCAUAGGACAUAUCCGGGACACGGCAGAAUGGACGGAACGCCUUGAUCUGGAGCGUGCGCACAUUGAUUUCAAGCUGGACACCGGGGCCCAAGCAAACAUCUUGCCUUUUAGGGUGUACAGAGUUCUCAAGACAAAAUUGCAGCCCACCAGCAAGAUUCUUACAGGAAUUGGUGGUGGUCAAAUCAUACCCAGAGGCACAACUCAGGUCAGUUGUUUAGUCAGCAGAAACAAGGCGAGCUGCAGAAAAAGGCUCACGUUUUAUGUUAUCGACGACAACCUAGCCAUCCUUGGAAGAGCAGCAUGCGAGGACUUGGAUCUCAUCAGGCGUGUGGACAAGGUGGUGCCAAGGGAUAUACAAUCAGGUCACACCAGGCAGCAACUCAUCCAACAGAACAAGGAUGUGUUUAAAGGAAUAGGAGAGUAUGACAAAGAGUAUGACAUCCAGCUUCAAGCAGACGCUAUUCCGGUGGUACAGCAUCCGCGAGUCAUACCAUAUGCAAAGAGAACCAAACUGCAACAGACGUUGGCAAAACUGCAGCAACAAGGUAUUAUACAAGACGUCGAGGGCCCGACCGACUGGCUUCACAAUCUUGUGAUAGCAGAAAAGAAGAAUGGGAACAUGAGGAUCUGUCUGGAUACCAGACCCCUCAACAAAGUCAUCAAAAGGGAGAGACACCAAAUACCAACAAUGUCAGAUGUCCAGGCCCGACUGGCUGGCAAAGCGGUAUUCACAGUAGUCGACAUGAAGGAUGCCUUCUGGCACGUCAAAUUGUCUAACGAAUCAGCGAGGAUGUGUGCAUUCAGCACCCCAUGGGGUAGAAAGUGCUUCACAAGGAUGCCGUUCGGACUGGCUUCAGCCAGUGAAGUGCUGCAAGAAAGGAACGAUCGCACAUUUGGGGACAUCUCAAACGUUCACGUGAUUGCGGAUGAUCUGAUUGUGGCAGGCAAGACGGAAGAGGAACAUGACAAGGCUCUCGCUCAGGUGUUACAACGAGCAAGAGAAAGGAAUGUGCGGUUCAGUCCCCAGAAGCUACAGUACAAGGUUCGCCAAGUGAAGUAUAUGGGUCACAUUCUUAGUCAACAGGGACAGCGACCGGAUCCGGAAAAGAUUGAGGCGAUUGCGGGUAUGCCAAAGCCCCAAGACAAGCAAGCUGUACAGCGACUGCUAGGCAUGAUUAAGUUCUUGGCCCCCUAUAUUCCAGCGGAGUCCGAUAUCACAGCCCCACUCAGAGAUUUGAUAAAGGACGGAAGCAUGUGGAAAUGGGAUACACAGCAUGAUGCGGCCAUCAACGACAUAAAGCGAGCACUCACUAGUGAUCCAGUGCUAGCAUUCUAUGAUCCUGAGCAACCGGUCACAGUGCAAGCGGACGCGUCACAGAGUGGCUUAGGGGCAUGUCUCAUGCAGCAAGGCAAGCCAGUAGCGUACGCAUCACGGACACUCACAACCGCUGAAAGAGCUUACGCACAAAUAGAGAAAGAAAUGCUCGCGGUCACCUACGGAUGCAAGAAAUUUCACCCAUAUAUAUAUGGAAAGACCACCAAUAUGGAGACCGACCACAAGCCCUUGGAAGCUAUAAUGAAGAAGCCAAUUGGUGCAGCACCACCAAGGCUCCAAAGAAUGAUGCUACAGCUGCAGAGAUAUGACCUGGUAGUUCGUUAUGUUCCAGGCAAGCUAAUGUACGCAGCAGACACUCUGUCGCGGGCGCACUUGGCGACUAGUCACGACACGGAUCCAGAACUUACCAGUGACAUGCAAGUCAUGGUCCAUGCUUUUGUCACUUCGCUGCCAGUAAGUGCAAAAAAGAAAGCGCAGUUACAACAGGCCACGGCAACAGAUCAACAGCUGCAAUGUCUCAAUCGACAAAUAGAAAUGGGCUGGCCUCCAAAGAUUGAGGAUGUACCAACCAAGAUACGAGCAUACUGGACGAUCAGAGACGAGCUUCAUCAGGCAGAGGGCAUAUUGUUCCAAGGAAGGAAGAUAAUCAUACCAAAGGUGCUACAUUCAGACAUGCUAAAGAUUGUACAUGAAUCUCAUCAAGGGCUGGAAAGAUGCAAAGAGCGAGCAAGAGCAGUCAUGUAUUGGCCAGGAAUGACAAAAGACAUCGACCGAGUGGUUAGUCAGUGCAGGACUUGUCUGCGUUUCCGGAGGAGCAAUACUAAGGAGCCUCUUCUGCCGCAUGCACUACCAACAAGACCAUGGGAAAAGCUAGGAGUGGAUAUCAUGACUUUGAAAGCAAAAGAUUAUCUGACAGUAGGGGACUAUUAUUCCAAGUACAUAGACGUUCAGCAACUGAGAGACAAGACAUCAUCGUCGGUCAUUAACGCCAUGAAAUACACGUUCGCUACUCACGGUAUUCCAGAAGAAAUAAUAGCUGAUAACAUGCCGUUUGCAAGCAGAGAAAUGCGAGCAUUUGCCAAUGAAUGGGGAUUCACCAUUACAACCACAAGCCCGGGGUACCCAAAAUCUAAUGGCUUUGCAGAGAGGAACGUACAAACCAUUAAGAACCUGCUCAGCAAGACACUUCAUGAUGAAGGAGACCCGUACCUGGCGCUCCUCAACCAAAGAAGCACCCCUAUACCGCAGCUGCAAGCGUCCCCAGCUGAGCUCCUCAUGGGCCGCACCUUGAAGACGAAGUUGCCGGCAGGCCCAGGAGUGCUUCAGCCACAAAUGCCUCGUGACGUAUAG